AUGGAGUCGAUGUCAAAUGAUAAAAGCAAAACAGCAGAAUACGAUGUAGAAGAAAUUGCAGAAGUUGAUGUCGAUCCAAUUAAUGAUAUUAUAGAUUAUUUAGUAAGAUGUGCUAAAAUUUCUUUCAAAAAUGCACAUGUAAAUGAAUCUGAAGUACGCACUAGUGAAAAAAUAAAAAUGGCUUGCGAAAUUUACAAACGAUCGCCGACUGACUUUCUGUUGCAAUUCGGGAAAUAUCUUGCUCCACAUCAUAUUGGUUACUUUGAAAACAUGCAAUCUUGUGCUGAUGACAACUACCGCGAAUGUAUUAAACAAUUAAAAACUUACCAUUCUGAAAAAAGCAAAUAUAAAAGAGUUCGUAACAGACGAUAUAUCGCGUUACAGAAACUUCAAAGUGAAACAGAUUAUUUUAGUGAAAAACAAAUGAUGUAUAGAAAUCCAUUACUUUAUGAACAACUAAUUGGCCAGUAUUUGACUGAUGAAGAGAUCAGGGAGCGUGAUGGUGUGGACAAUGAGAACCUUACAUUUUUGAGUAUGAUUUUGGAAACAGUUGAUCGUAAUGAAAUGAGAGAAAUGAAGAAUGAACAGAUGCUUGAGGAAGACAUGGAGUCUAUGAAAAUAACAAACACUGAAAAUAAAAAUGAUAGUAGUGAAAGUAGUAAAGAAAAGAAUACAAAGCAAUGGGGUGCAUUUGAUAUCCCAGAUACAAGACCAAGUUAUAUGCCUGAACCUAGAAAGCAAAGUAUGAUUACUGCCCCAGAAAGGAGACUUUUAAAGGAAGAAUUUUUACAAGAAAUGUUCUCUAGUUUCAUAGAAGGAAGAGAUGAAGAUAUUGAUUAUCAAAGUAUUGAUAAUAACGAGCAGUAUGAUGAUCUCCAGCAAGUUUCGCAAGAUGCUGAAGACAGAUACUUUGACUCUGAAACAAAUGAGAUAGAUAAUCUUGAAGAACAUAUGAAACUUGUCCAAGAAUAUGGGAGAAAAAAUUCAGAUAGUAACAUUCAAGAUGAUCCAUUAGAUACUUUUAUGAAACACAUAGCAAAUAAACAAAAUGUUACAUACAUUGUUUUUGAUUUAUUAUCACAUUACAUAUCAAUCAGCAUUAUUGCUAAUACAUACUACUUAAAUAAUUUCAAUUAA